AUGUUCAACCUUUUCCGAAAAAGCCAAGACUCUAAGAAGGUGUCAUUGCCAGAAAGAGAGGCAGAUGGAUUUGUUCUUUUGGUUUUAGGUUGAACUUUAAAAUGAAAUUUUUGAGAAUUACUCAUCGUAUAUAUGGGGAGACAGCAAUUUGCACAGAUGGGGAGAGAGAUCCAAAAGAUGUGCACAGUGAUACAAUUAAUGAACAGAGAAGAGCAUCUAAAGAUAAAAAUUCAUUUCCUGAGGCAGGACCUACAUACAGUCAACCUGUUCAGCCAAAUACAGAAAAACAUUCACAUUUGACUGUAGUGGGUGCUGAGGAGGGAAAUGAAACAAGUCAACAUUUGGAAAGCAAUCAUUUGAUGUCAGAGUUCCUCAAUGAUGUACCCUUCACCCUAGCACCCAAUGUGCUAGCAGUACAGGACAUCUCUAAUGGCCUUCCAGACCAGUUGCUCUCCUACAACAUCAAUGAUAAUUUAUCAAGAUUUUGGGAUGGAAAUGAAUGCCGAUUGUAAAUGAAGUCAUGCUAUUUUGCAUUACAAUAGGCAACUGAUGCUCCAGUCUCAAAUGCUGCGUUUUAAACUUCUGAGGAAAGUUUACAGGUUUAACUUUGUUAGUAUGACUGAGUAGAUUUUACUAUACUCAAAACGAAAAGCUAGUCAGCUUCUCCUUUUUUCCAGUAGACCUUGCUGUUCAUCUUACCAGGUCACUUGGGUCUCUCUUUCUCUGUCUUUCUCAAGGGUUUUCUCUCUAACUGCCCUGCAUUUGCUGUUUUUUCUCAUUGCCACAUGUGUUCCUGAUUUAUGCAUAGAUCAGUUUUUCCUUUUUAACCUUUGUGCCCCCUAAAGAAAGAAAUCUCAGGAUAUGUACUUUUAAUGGUCAUACCCUUGGUUUUUUUUUUAAUUGUGGCCCAAAGAUACAGAUGGCAGUGUUUAACUACUACAAAACAUUAAAUUGUUCCAUACCCAACUAAAUACCUAAAAAUUCAUUUCAAGCCUUGAAUAUGCAUAUUUUAUUAUAGCUAAAACCUAACUAAAUUGCUGUUGCCCAAUGAACUGCUCACUGAAGUCUUUUGUGGGUUGUGUGAAGAAUUCUCUGUGCCAUAUGCAAGAUUAAAUUUGUUUUGACUAUCAGGAAAAAAAUAUAUUUACUGUGCCAACUGUAAGUGGGUAUUUUCAUAAGAAAUGUGUGACAUAGGAUAUUUAAAAACAUACAUACAGAUUUUCACAUGUGGGUGCUUUUAAGAUGUUUGGGAUAAUAAAUACCACAAAUGAUAGAGAAGCUAUGUUGUAAUUACAUUUUGGUUUGUUAAAUGAUCUUAUUUUCUCAGAUUUUUUUCUGGAAAACCUAUGCAUUUCAUUAGUUUGUUUGCAGUCUGUAUCUGUUAAGUUUAUAAAUAUGCUUUGAGCUACUUGUUUUCAGGGAAAAUAUCUAUUGCACUUAAAUAACAGCUGUGGUUAAAUAAUAUAUUAACAUGGUGGGUCUUUUUAAACAUAUAAGAGAAUGCCAUUAUUAUCUAAUCCUUACAUACAUAGUACAUUACAGUCAGGAUUAUCCCUACAACAGGGGAGAUACUGAAUAAGUUUGGAUAACCAAGAGAAUUUUCAGUGUCACUAAUAAAUAUCAGGGGUAUGACUUUUUAUUUUUAAAGAAAAUGGAGUUUCACAUAAGGGACAUUAUGAAUAAUCUAGUUUAUACUAUAUUUUCUGUGUUGUGCCCAUAGAUUCCAGUGGCACAUCUGGCACUGAUGACACUGUAUUCUAAGGUUACCUUUUGUGAUCCAAGAAGUGCUAAGAUUUUACAGAGAGGGAAAACAGAUUUUUAAUAAGUUGGUUAGAAUCUAUUUCUGUGCUGAAUCCCUUGGCUAGUGGGGGACGUUAAUUAAAUUCUGGUUUUCAGUGCUAAACUCAAUUCUCAUGUUUCUUUUGCAUUUAACCUUCAAACUUCUACCUAUUUUGAAAACGGCAUAUUCCUGUUCAUAUUGUUUUUCAUCCCAUAACUGAUAUUUGUCCUCAACUCAGCCAUUCCAAGAGCAGAAUUGCAAAACAGAGAUGAGUAUCCAACAAACCCAUAGAACUGGUUCUUUCCAUAUUAGUAGACUUGUAAAUACACUUU